AUGUCGAGAUCACCGCCGCUACAAACUGCUCCCAACAUCGACGUGGGUAAAUCUAUUACCCGAGGUGAUUGGAAAGUAACAACUCACAAGCGUCCUAUCCUAAAUAGCACCGAAAUCGAGACCAUGACUACAACCUUGGGCAUCUCGCCUCCCGAGAUGAUCUUUGGGAACAACAGCGUCGAGGUAACCAACGAGAGGCUCAACUGGUCCAUUAGUUUUAACGCGUUGGAUGCCCUCGAGCUGGUCGAUAAGUCUGGGGAGUCAAUGUUAAAAGUUUCGUACUCUGAAGCAUGGCAGAGGAUGCGCGAGCGGGUACAUGAGGAUAUCAAGGAGAUUGUGAAGCCUUACGAUUGGACGUACACUACUAAUUACCAAGGAACUGUUCAUAACCCCGAUAGGCCAUUCCAACAGACCGGUAGUGAAAUACCCUUCGAGAAGCUCAAGCGCCCUGACCCCAUUCUCCUCUUUGAUGACGUGAUGCUUUACGAGGACGAACUUGCCGACAACGGCAUCUCAAUCCUUAGUGUUAAAAUCCGCGUGAUGCCCGAGCGCCUGCUCAUCCUUCAGCGCUUCUUCAUGAGGCUCGAUGGUGUUCUUUUCCGGCUCAGAGACACUAGGUUGUUCAUCGAAUUCGAGACUGGCGAGAUUGUUAAGCAGUAUCAAGCUAGGGAAGAUACGUAUGCUAAUGUCCGUAGCGGACUAUAUAUGCAUCCCCCAGAGCAGAUUCCUAGUUUACUUCGGGAUGACGGCUUUAUCGCGGAGAGACUUCCGGUUAUUGGGAUAGAACGGGAGCGCGUUCUUGUGGGUUAGUAGGUGGUGCAGAGUGGGGGGGGGGUGUUUGCGGGACAGGAUAUCGAGUGAGGAGAUAUGAUUAGUAGUUGUGCGGUCCAGACUGGUGUGGAUACUCUGGAUUAGGGUCAUUAUUUAUUUUGCCCGAUCUCA